AUGAAGGCAAAGUCGGGCUUGCUCACCAUCGUGGCACUUGCCAUGGUUUUGUCGAUGGGGGCAACAGCAGCACCGAUUCCGAGCGGAGCUGGCGAUGUCGGAUUGUUGAUCACUGGCCCCGAACUUUCAAUUCGAGGGCUUGGUGAUGCGCCUCUGAUCGUUCUGGGCAACUACCAGUCGGGCAGCGACAACCAGGCUGGCGAAGGCAACGAGCAGACGAGCAUCUCAAACACCAACGUCGAUGGUACUGGCAACACGGUCAGCUCCAACUCUGCCGGCUCUUCUCAGUCGCAGUCGCAGAGCAACAACCAAGCUUUGAGCCCCGAAACUGCUCAACAGCAGCAGCAACAGCAGCAGCAGCAGCAAAAGCAAAAGCAACAGCAACAGCAACAGAAACAGAAACAGAAACAGAAACAGAAACAGAAACAGCAAAAGCAAAAGCAAAAAACCGGGGCUGGUCAGACUUCCAACGAUAACCAAGCUCAAAGCCAACCACAAGGCCAGAGCGGUGCUUCAGACCAGAGUCAGAAUCAGAGCAACAGCCAAGACACUAGUCAAGUAAGCAACGCCAGAUCGGGUGCUGUUCAGAGCAACAGGCAGCAAGCCUCGCAGGAGCAGUCGCGAUGCUCCUCUUCUCACUGA